ACCCCGCUGGGAAAGGAGAUCCUGAGGUUGGGGAUGAAUUAGUUUGGGGUUGGAGGAGGGAAGGCGUACAUUAAUGCAUCUUCUGGGUGCUUGCUGACGGAAAAGGCGCAGCCCGAAGUGCUUAAACCCCUCUGGAGGCAGGACUCGUGGUGGUGGUGGUGAAGUCAUGUCUGAUAAUGGCUCUGAGGAAUAUGAGGAGGAGGAGAAAUUGCCUUAUCUCGGGGAAUAUGUAGGAGAACGCAAUGAGCAAGGUGAACGGCAUGGACAUGGGAAAGCAAUAUUGCCCAAUGGGGAUACAUAUGAAGGGCAAUAUGAACAUGGUAAAAGACAUGGUCAGGGGACCUACAAAUUUAAGAAUGGUGCUCGAUACAUUGGAGAAUACCAAGAAAAUAAAAAACAUGGCCAAGGCACUUUUUUCUAUGAAGAUGGAUCACAAUAUAAAGGAGAAUGGGUAAAUGAUGAAAGGCAUGGCUAUGGAGUUUAUCGCUACCCAAAUAAUGACACAUAUACAGGAGAAUGGUUUGCUGGCCAAAGGCACGGGCAAGGAACUUACUUCUAUGCUGAGACUGGCUCUAAGUAUGUUGGUACUUGGGUAAAUGGACAACAAGAGGGAACAGGAGAACUCAUUCACCUAAAGCAUAGAUACCAGGGCAAGUUCGUAGGAAAAAAUCCAGUGGGCCCCGGAAAGUAUAUUUUUGAUAUUGGAUGUGAGCAGCAUGGUACAUAUGAACUUAAAGAAAUGGAAGAAGAAGAGGGGGAGGAAGAGGAAAUUUCAAAACCUCCUGUUCCAAUAUGGAAAGCUCAAAAAAUUACUCCAUUAACCCUCUACACACCACCUCUUCCUGAAGUACCACCACAAUCUGACAUAACACCAACACAAGAAGAGCCCCAAACAUCUGAAGUUGGCGAAAAAGUUACUGCUCGACACCUUCCUGAUGAUUCAGGAAUAGGUGAACUUGAUGCAGAAGAGAAUGCAAGAGAAGUUCUAGAAAGCCAUAUGUCUGAAGACAUAAAACAAGAAAGUGCUGAGGAGGAAGAAAAAGAAAGACAAUCACAAUCGUCAAAUUAAAAUGAACAAAUCAACAGAAAAGGAGAUUGUGUGC